AACACCCCAAUUCACCCUCGGCUUCAAGGACGCACACUUACUACCAAUGACUGAGUCAAACUCGCUUGUUAAGGAGCUAACAGAAGAAGGGGAUGGUGGCCAUAAAAGGAACAGAAAAAAGAACAAGAAGGAAGAUUCCUGGCGGCAAGAGGGACCAAGGGACCCUUUUGCUAUGCUGGAUGCUCUUCCCGAGAAAAAGCAACAAGAGAUCCAGAGAGCUCUCCACCUCUUCUCAAUGGGCUCAAAUCUGCCAAAAACCCUGCAGCAGGCCAAAAAAAGAACAUACAGCUUCUGGGACACACAGCCUGUCCCAAGACUGGGUGAAAGUAAUGAAACUCAUGGCCCAAUAGUGGAGGACGUAGCCAGUGUCCGUCAGGAACCUUUUUCUCUACCACAGGGUUUCUCCUGGGACACACUGGACCUCAGCAGUCCCAAAGUGUUGAGAGAGCUUUGCAGUCUACUGAAUGAUAACUACAUGGAGGAUGACGACAACACUAUCAAAUCUGACUUCUCUCCAGAGUAUCUGGAGUGGGCUUUACAACCUCCUAACUGGGUGGCUCAGUGGCACUGUGGUGUGCGAGUAGAGACCAAUAACAAGUUGGUCGGCUUCAUCGCUGCGGUUCCUUCAGAAGUCUGCAUUUUUGAGACGGAGAAGCGGAUGGUGCAGGUCAAAUUCCUGUGUGUUCACAAGAAGCUGCGCCUCAAGCGGAUGACUCCCGUUCUGAUCCGAGAGCUCACCAGACGGGUCAACCAGCAGGGAAUCUACCAGGCGGUCUACACAGCUAGUGUUGUUCUGCCUACACCGCUGAGCUCCUGCAGUCCCUGGCAUCGCCCUCUGAAUCCCCGAAAGCUGAAUGAUGUGGGUUACCCAGGUCUGAGACAGAACAUGAACCUGCAGAGAGCUCUCAAAUUCCUCCGACUGCCUGAGGUGACAAAGACACCUGGCCUGCGCCCAAUGACUAAAAAAGAUGUUGUGGGGAUACGCUCACUUCUCCAGUCACACCUCUGCAAGUUUCACCUCAGGCCCAUGUUGUCUUCAGAGGAAGUAGAGCACUGGCUGUUGCCGAGGAAGGAUGUGAUUGACACAUAUGUGGUGGAGGGUGAUGAUGGCACACUGACAGACAUGGUGAGUUUUCACAGCACCUCCUACAAAGUCUUGAAUCACCCGGUCCACACUGGCCUGAAAGCAGCGGUUCUCCUUUAUGUUGCCACGACUGCCACUGACCCAGGCCUUCUACUGGAGGACACACUGGUGCUGGCCAAAUCUAAAGGAUUCGACAUCUUCUCUGCUCUGGACGUGAUGGAUAACAAGAGUUUCCUGGAGAAGCUUAAGUUCAGCGUCCAUGACUCGAGCCUUUAUUACUACCUAUACAACUGGAAGUGUCCUAAUGUGAGCCCAGACAAGGUGGGUUUGCUGUUGCCAAACUAGCGUUCCACUGGAAGAAGAGAGUGGGCUGAAGAGGAAAGGACAAGAGCGACUGGCAGGAACUCAAACUGCAACACCAGGAAGGAUUUGUGUUUUAAAGGAAAACAAACUGUAGAAAACACAAACACAAAGAAAUAAAGACAUCAUUCUAUUUGUGAAUAAAUUCAUC